UGUUGCAGAUCGGUCAGAAUGAUGAUGACGUCUCCAGAGAAGCUGAAGAAGAAGCCUCCAAAGGACAGUCUCACGCUGCUGCCAUGUUUCUACUUUGUGGAGCUGCCCAUUGUGGCCUCGUCCAUGGUGUCUCUGUACUUCCUGGAGCUCACAGACCUGGUGCAGCCCGCUCAGGUGGGCUUCCGUUGCCAUGACCGCGACCUAAGCAUGCCCUAUGUGGACGGAGGAGACGAGCUCAUACCUCUGCUCAUGCUGCUGAGCCUGGCCUUCGCUGGACCCGCCGCAUCGAUCAUGGUGGUGGAGGGUUUGAUCUACUGCCUUCAGUCUCGGCUGAAGCUGCGUCGUCCUGAGGGGAGCAUUAACGCAGGGGGCUGCAACUUCAACUCUUUCCUCCGGCGCACCGUCCGCUUCGUAGGCGUGCACGUGUUCGGCCUGUGUGCCACGGCUCUGGUCACUGACAUCAUCCAGCUGGCCACAGGAUACCACGCCCCCUUCUUCCUGACCGUGUGCAAACCCAACUACACCCAGAGCGGCGUGUCAUGUGACCAGAACCCUUACAUCACCAAAGACAUCUGCUCCGGGCACGACCAGCACGCCAUCAUGGCCGCCAGGAAGACGUUCCCCUCUCAGCACGCCACGCUGUCGGCCUUCGCCGCGGUCUACGUUUCUAUGUACUUUAACUCCACCAUCUCGGACAGUACGAAGCUGCUGAAGCCGGUGCUGGUGUUUGCUUUUGCCAUUGCGGCGGCUCUGACCGGUUUGACCCAGAUCACACAGCACCGCUCACACCCCAUCGACGUCUACGUGGGCUUCCUCAUCGGAGCCUUCAUCGCUGCUUACCUGGCUCUCCAUGCUGUGGCCAACUUCAAGUCUUCAGAGGAUGUGGCCCCCCCUCCCCCUCCUCCUCCCCCUAAAGAGGACCCUCUGCGCGCUUUAACCGAGCGGGGCCACGAGUCCGUCUACAACAAGGGCCCUGCCUCAGCCUCAGAGAGCAACGACGAGAUCGCCACUAACCCCGCCCCCCUCAACCGCCUGGAGGGCCUGAGCCAGCUGCAGCGCGAGAAGAGCUCUGUGGAGAACCUGAAGAGAGCCAGCGUGGACGUGGAACUACUGGCCCCGCGCAGUCCCAUGGGCAAGGAGACCAUGCUAACCUUCAGCAACACUCUCCCGCGCGCUAGUAUCAAUGCUAACGGUGUUCUAGCUAGUGAGGCAGCAGAGGAGUCCGUCGUUCAGCCGGUCCAGCCCGUGCAGCGCAGGUUAAAAGCCGUGCAAGUCCCCCUGGACCCCAUGCGCUCGCAGCAGCUGGUGUCAGAGUGGAAGCAGAAGUCCAUGGAGAUGCGCGGCUUCAAGGAUGACGGGGAAAGAGACGCCAGCGAGGACGGCUCCGAAGUGGGAUCUGUAGAGACAGACGACGGAGGCUCCCAAGUGCCCAUAUACCAGUCCCGGUCUGCCUCGUCCAGCCGCACCUCCACCCCUCCACCAGGCGGCGCCAAAGCUGUGCCCACACCUAGACCCCCUCAAAUCCCAGAAGCAGGUCCGCCGCCUGUGUCCCCAAAGAGCGCACUAACUCGAGCUAAAUGGAUGGCCAUACGAGAGAAGACCACGGGAGAGUCGUCAUCCAGAGCAGCCGCCAACCAACCGCGUUUAAUGCAGGUGAUCGCCAUGUCCAAGCAGCAAGGCCUGUUACCCAUGUCCUCCUCGGACACCCCCAAAUCCUCAGAGACCACCUCCACUUGCUCCGGCGGCUCCUCUUCCAACGAAUCUCCGCAUUACAAAUCCAACUCAGAAAAGCAUUGCGACGGUCCAGGGAUCGUGACGGUAGACGCCCACGCCCCUCACCACCCCAUCGUACAGGCGGCACAGAUCCCCCAGGCCCCGCCCCUUUCUGGGAACCCAUGGGAGUGGGCGGCGAACGGUGCGGACAAUCGGGACACGUACGAUCUGAACAACAUGAAGCGGAGGGAUUUGGCGGCGCAGGGCAGCAGCUUCCGGCCGCAGCAGAGGUCGGGAUCGCCCCUGUCUCCAGUCCUGUCCGACGCACACGCCGACAUGGAGGGGCAACGGCGGGAAAUGGCCAUGCGCCGCAAAACAGCGCUGGUGCUGUUGGAUCGGGAUGUGCGUAAUCAGGCUGAUGCCGAACACUACUACAAGAGCCUCCAGGGGCGCCGCUACAGAGAGUAGUGGAGCUUUUCUCCUUUUAGAAGUAAAAAAGCCUUAUUUUUGUGACAUUCUCCGAAGCAGCAGGACGAACACGACGCUAUGCAGAAUCAAGCGGGAAAUUAGCCUCUCAAUCUGACACUUCGCAAAAGCCAUCUCCUCAGCUCCACCGCUAAGCCUCACGGGAGUUGUAGUGUUCAGAGCCAUUUCACAGCCGAGAGGUGAGAGAAGAGCUUGAAGAAGAUGCAGAAAUAGCACGGACUGUGAGAUGCUGAGGGCUGUGUUUGGAGGCACUUGCACUGUGAAGGGAGUGGUAUUUAAAGAUGCUUUUAAGGAUUUCAUUUAGGGACAGAUCAUCUUAUUUUCAUCUUGUGAGUCAUUUGGCAAAGAUUUUUUAACAUGCAGCUUUAUGCUCAAACACAGACAUGCCUACCAACAACGUGACACUCUUAGUCGCAGCAGAUAGAAAGUGUUUGUCUAAUUUCAUCAUCAAAACAUACUGUACCUGAGUUAUGUUUCAUUCAUUCAGUAUGUCCUUUUCCAAAGAUUAAAACAUAAGAGCCUUCUUGUCUUUACAGAGAGAGGAGGAGUGAUGGAUAGCAACAUAUUCCAAUCCAAUAAAAAACAUCAAAACACAUGACAUAUUGUUCAAGGACAAGUUGUACUGUUUGUUUAGUUUGUGUAUUGCUUUUUUGUGGGAUUAUAUACCUAAACGUUCACAAGCAAACAGAGCUCUAAACUGGAGAGAGCCUGGUGGGCUAAAGGCGAGAGUGAGGGAGAGGAGGUCUGAACAUUUAAGGAACUGAUUGUUCUAACAAGUUUCAAGAUUUCUUUAUUAGUACCUGAGGGUAAAUUUGUUUGCAGAAGCCAUGACAGCAGCUCAGUAAAUUUAAGGAGAAAUUACACAGAAACAUCAGGUGCUCAACACAAAUCUUCAAAUGUUACAGUCCACAGAUCCACACUUCAAACUCUGCCCCUGCCGCUUGCUGUUUGUAAUCAGAAACACUGGCUUUUAUUAGGCCAGUAUAGUGAGAUGUUAUGUAGUACUUGACCACACACACUUAGGUUUGGACCAGGAAUCAAAUGAACCUCACUUGCACUAAAAUCACCCCAAAAUGAUUAGGAACAGUAGAAAACGCUUUCAAAAAAAACCAUGUACAAAUUACUAACAAAAACAAUCUGUUGUUUUAGUGUUAAGUCCCACUUUUACACCGAGCAGUGUCCUCCAGGCUCAGCCCUCUGCUCCUCAUGUUGUGGUGCUCUCUCAAGGCCUUCACUGUGUGCUGUGUGAAACUGGAGCAUGACUCAGCACUUCUGCCACAGAUAGCACGGAUUGUGAAGUGGGCUAAUUUAUUUUCCCAAAGGAGGCUAACUAAAGAUCUAAUCUGGACUUUUGUGAUCUUCACUGGACCAGAGCGCUGUCUUCGAGCAGGAAGCAGAGUUUCCAUGGCAACUGGUCAUGGUGGAGAAGGAGGAAGCACAGGACAUGUAGAGAUUUUCUGAGAGAUUUUAAAGAGAUUUUGAGAAAGCACAAACAUGCAACAAACUGGAAACUGCUCCCACUGCACAGUCGCUGGGUCAGGGCACGCUCAGAGGCUCCAGUAAAUGCUCACCUGGCUCUUUGGUCCCUGGCUCGGUUAAUAACAGUAUUUAUUUUAACCUCAAAAGCCGCUUAUAUAAUAUAUCUGUAGUGGGGCAAAACAAACUUUGCUCAAAUACAUUCACCGUACAAGUUUUCUGCUACAAUACCAUAGAAGAGUUACUCCACAGGCGAGGCUCGGUCUAUGACUAGUUUAGAUGAUUACAGUUUUAUGAUUGAAAAGGUUUAGUGACCCCUGAGCGCACCUCUGACCCAGUGCAUUGUGGGAAAGUGAGUUCUGACUGUAUAAUACUGUAUGUUGUUGCCUUUUGUUGUGGAGGUUCGCUUUGUCUGUUUGUGCGCUCUGAUUGGUUCAUCAUGUAUGCUGUGUUCUGAUUGGAUGAUAAGGUGUGUUUUGUUGUGACUGGGUGAGAUGAUGUGCUGUGUUCUGAUUGCUCCAACAUGAGUGCUGCUCUCUGAUUGUGUGUGUUGAGUGUAUGGAUAUAUUUGUGUAUUUAUUCAGAAUGGACUCAUGUGGCCAAACAUAUUUGAAGUGUUCAUAAUGCAGCUGCAGAGUCACACCCACAGCCUUUGGUCACACACUUUUGCAAACACACCCACAUUAUGAAGCUCUUGUUGGAAAACUUGUUGCAAAUGUAAAGUUUGCUGUAAACUUACAAAAGUGACUGAGCACUGAGGCACUGAGGCAUUUCCAAGGUGUUGACUUUAAGCGUCCAAUCAGAUUGAUCCACUUUAGCAGCAGCAAAAUGUGCCUAGAGCGUCUGCGUCUGCGCAUACUGCCUGCAGACCUCUCCCACCUCCACUUCGUUACACAAAGAACCAUCAAAGCUGACUGAGAAACAAUAAACUAAAUGAUUACUGACUUAAAUGAUGCUUUGCAAAAAACAACCUAGACUUUUAUAUUUACUGACUUGAAUGUUCUGUACCAUUGGCCAUGACUAUUCUAAAAUAUGCCUGAAAUGACAAAGCUAUCAAGUGAUGAAAUAUUCAAAUAGACUUGAAUAUUUCCCCAUAUCUGUAAGUGGCCGAUAGCUCAAAACACACACUCGUAGCAUGGCUCACAUGGCUCUUCUGACCUGUCCCGUGCAAAGUGGUGUGUUGUUAACCUCAUGUUGUGACCCACUGUGGUGUGUUUCUGCAGCUCUGGGGAUGACCUCUGUCCGUUCUGAGUGUCCGUGGCUGCUGUUAUUGCUGUGAUGUUGCAUGAGUCCACAGUCUGUGACCAUGAGCCCAUGUCAAUCUGACUGUCCUCCCACGGCACAUCCUCCUCAUGUGA